UUGCUGUGCAGUAUCUCAUUGUGUGGACUGGGAUACCACAGUGAUUCAAAUUAGUUGGGUGCCUGUACAAGAACCAACUGAACAUGAAUAUAACAAAUAUUAUGGAGUUCAACUUCAGUGUAAACUCAUGUCAUAUGACAUCAGAUUUUCACUGUGUCUGAGAGAAUGUAGACUAAGGAGAAGAUGGCUGUUUGUUGAUAAUGUCAAAUUGAACCAAUAUUUUUGUCUCCAAACAACCAUCCCAGUGGUUUUUGCAGUGAACCAUCACACAGUGUGGCUUACAUUUGGACAAAGCAUUCGUCUUACCGUUAACCCCAAUCAUAAAACUCCUAUUCUACCAUCCCUGUCCAUCCUUACUCCUCUGAGUGGUAAUGCUGAAGAGGUAUGCCUCGCCACUGGCUUCUUCCCCAAGGAUGGAAUAAUGCAGUUAACCCUGCAGGAUAACACAAACGUCUCAUUAAAUACGGAAAAGGCUGUCAUGUCUUUCUCCGCCAAAUCUUACUACUUUGCCGGAUUUUCCAACAAAAGAAUACAGUCGUGUAGCAUGAAUGGCAUCCCUGGCAUCACUGUUGGAAAAACGCAUGUUGAACCAGCAGUUGAAACUCUUGCAUCUAUCUGUACUGUUGAAACAAUUGCUGAUGAAAUUGAAUACGCAGAUUUUAUAACGAAGAUCAACUUCUCCUCUAUGCUUGUUAAUGGAUUAAGAGUGGUGUUUGCCAAAGCGGUCGCAUUCAAUGUGUUACUAACUGUCAAGGUUCUAGUUUUCUAGUGCACAUUUGCAACCACAAGAACAGUCAAACCAAACAAAACUGAUAAGAUCUUGACACGUUGGCUUCCAAGAAAUGGCAAGAUCAGUUGCUUUGUGUGUUGGGUGAGGUAACAAGGAUACCAACAGAUAGUAAACAAAUGUUACCUUUCUAUGUCAGUGUUACUGUUGCCUAUAAUUAUUUCCCUGUUUUGUUGCUACUUGCUUACAAUGCUACAUUUCAAGUAAAACUUAUUCGUUAAUAUAUCUCAUGUUGUAUUAGUACAUUUAUUGACUGUAAGCAUUUAAUUAUCAUAAAAUCAUAUUAGCAAA